AUGGAUCUUUUUGUCAUUGUAGUAAUUAUAGUAUCUGGAUGUGUUAUAUUUCCGUCGAUUGCCAUGUGCUGUGUCUUCUCCCAUCGGCAGCCUUUGUCUCAGCCGCGAGAUUUGGAGAAAGGUAACGCGGGAACAAAAGAUGGAGGAGUUGUUGUUUUGAAAGGGAAUGAUGCCUCAACAGCUGUUGUGGCUGCGGCGGUGAUGAUGGUGGAGGAGGUGGGGGUGGUUGUGGAGGUUGCGGCGGUUGUGGAGGUUAAGGGUUUUGUAGUUAUGUCUUGUGGGAUUUGA